AUAUUCCGAAUUUCCGUGUCAAUGGGAGCAAAAAUGAAAGCAGCUUUUCACAUCCAACAAUGAACAAUGGCUGCUGCUGCUGCUGCUUCUUCUUCUGUAUCUCAAUACCACCCAUUUUUCUAUACUAAUAAUUCAGUAACUCCAAGAAGAAAAAAUUACUUGAUCAAAGCCAUCAAAGAUUCUUCAUCAUCAUCAGAUUCUCAGCAAUCAGAAGCAGUCAAACUUGCAUUAGCUAGAGCCAAAGCUUACAAGAAAUCAGUCAAGUCAAACCCAUCUCCUGAAAUUAUUAAAAAACCAGACCCUGUUUAUGAAAAUUCACAAUUUGAUGAAAACAAAGAUGGUUUUGUUUCUAUAUCUGCAGCAAAUGGCUAUCCACUGAGAUAUACAGGGAAUGAACAAAUGGAUGAAGAUGUUGAGGAGAAAACCGAUAAGAAGGCCGAGCCAAAAAUUUCCGCAAUUAACUUUGUAGGUUUGGGAUUUGCUGAUAAGAAGGAAGGCAGGGGAUUGCCAGCUGGCUUGAUUCCAGUAAGCGAUCCUUUCCCGACGGGAAAUUUGCCUGAUGUGGAAAUCAUUGUCGGGGAUACAAGUAGGUUCGGGAAUGAAAAUGCCUCUGAGUCAAAUACAACUACAGAAGAUGAUUCGGAACUUUAUAAGCCCAAAGUCUCUACAUGGGGAGUUUUCCCUAGACCGAAUAACAUUUCGAAAACAUAUGGUGGUGGGAAAACUAUUCGACCGGGGGACGUGCUUGAGACAGCAGAAUCCAAGGCCGCAAAAGAUGCACGUACAAAACAAAUGAUUGCUGCCUAUAAAAGUCGAAUGGGUUUAAAUAUUGAUCCAAAGUUGAAGUCUGAAUGUGAGAAGGAUUUGAAGGAUGGAGACUCGUUAAUGGAGAUUGGGAAGCUCAGGGAUGCAAUCCCCUUUUAUGAAAGAGUUAUGGACAAGUUGGUAUACCAGAGUGAACUUCAUGGUUUAGCUGCAUUGCAAUGGUCUAUCUGUCUGGACUCCCUCAACAGAUCCAGUGAAGCUCGUGUAAUGUACGAGAGGCUGCAGUCUCACCCAAAUGUUGGCGUAAGCAAGAAAGCAAGGCAGUUUGUGUUUAGCUUCCAGGCAAUGGAGAUGAUGAAGGUUACGAGCUCAAGAGCUUCUAAACGUAAAACAGGGUACCAAAAUUUCUUUGAUGCAUUUGUAGAAAACAAGAACAACUUGUCUUCAGUUGAAACUGAAGUCGAGGAAGAUGCAGCUGUCCAAGCUUUGCCGUAUGUGAUUUUUCUUGUUUCUCCUAUCAUAAUGAUAUUGGUAAUUGCUGUACAGAAAAGGUUAGCAUAACAUACCAAACAUUUGUAAAUGGGAGUACAUACUGGCUUUCUAAUUCAUAAAUCUAGUAGAAAGUCCUGCAGAUGA